GAAGGAGGGGUUGGGAGGGAGGGGGGAAGGAGGGGGAAGGAGGGGGGAAGGAGGGGGGAAGGAGGGGGAAGGGGGGGGAAGGAGGGGGAAGGAGGGGGGAAGGAGGGGGGAAGGAAGGGGUGGGAGAGGGAGGGAGGGGGGAAGGAGGGGGCGGGAAAGGGAGGGAGGAGGGAAGGAGACAAGGCAAGACGGGACAGGCAAGAUAUGGGCAGACAAGGUAUGAGCUAUUAUUGAGGCGCUUCAAAAACC